UUUUUCAUAGUAGCCUCGCGAUUGUUGUUGUACUGUUUUAGGUUAGGAUUUCGUGUUGUUUACUUCUUUCAGUCUAACUGUGAUUCCAGGACAUUUCCAAGCUUUGGCUGGUGUCUAGUCAUUUAAAAUAUGAGCAUUACUCCGACUCCGUCUGACAUUGAUGAAGACUUCGAUAUUUACGCUGAUUUAGCGGAUCCAAAUGUGAAUGAAAACCUCUCGGAAGAUAAAAAUGAUGUUGUGAAGUCUCUCAAAGAACAAGUUUCAUCACUACAAUCUGAAAAUGAAACUUUGCGCAAUAGUAAUAAAACCCUGUUGGCCAGUAAUAAAAAUUUAAGUGCCAACAUUUCGAUUCUCUAUAAGACUGCAACAGAAGAAAUCAAGCGUAAAGACAAGGCCAUAGAGGAUUUAACAAGAGAGUUAGAUAGCUACUUCUUUCGACGUAAUGGCAGAAAACCACCGGACCGUGGGUUAAAGAAUGUCAACCCCUCAAUCAUUGAAACAUUGACGGAAAACUCCAGACACCAGCUAGAUGGUGCCCCAACUAUCCAUUCUUCACUUACCAGUUCUGAAAGAAAAUCAAAACCAGACAAUACAACUUUCACAGAAUCUUCCUCAAGUUCUAGGGAGAUCACCAUAAAUUCAGGAAAAACAGAAAAUGCUCUGCCAGAAGCGAAAGCUGAGAAAAUUAUCAAAGAAGUCCCCAAGAAGAGGAAAGUCAUUGAAUAUAAAGAUGUUGAGGAGAAAAGACCUGUUGAUGAUGGAACUAGUGACAGGAAAGUGAUUCCGCCAAAAUUGAGUGUGUGGGAUAGGCUAGGGUAUCAGGGAAAUAACCCUUUAUCAUCUAACGAGACAUCAACCAGUGUAUCUCUCAAUGUGAAUGAAAUAAUGGAGACAAAGAUAAAAAGAAGUAUUCCUAAACUGAGUGAGAAGAAAGAAGACAGUCAACAGACUCCUUGUGCAGACACUUCCAAAUUAUCAAAUACAAACCUAUUGAUAGGAGAAACACUUUCCAAACAAGUGGAACCCCUGAAAUCUAGUGAAGUAGAAGCACCUGCAUUGUGUCUCCUGAAAGCAGCACAAAGCUCAGUUGUAAAAGGUACUGAAUCACUACAGGGUCCUAGGAAGAAAGAAGAUCCUGCAUGUGAACUUUCUCAGCCUUCGUUGGUCUCAAAUGAAGACAGGAUACUCCCAAAAAGUUUUGUGCCUUUCCAGCCCCCCUUACCUCUUGGGGAUCCCUUACCACCACCUCCUCUACCUUCAAGCACCCCCCCGCCUACUCCAGUUAAAAGCAUCCAGCAUGAAGAAAACAAAAUUACUAGUGAAAUCCCCGAUCUCAAAGACACUGUAUCAACAGGUUUAAUCUCAUUGCAAGAUGAUUUAUGUGUUAAUAGUCGUUCUAAUGUAGACAUUACAUCUGAUGAUCAUCAGGAAAGUGUAAAAAAUAAUAGACCUCGCUGGUCUGAUGAGAACCUUUACACACAGUGUCCUUUCAAACCCCGUCGACGAGCAAAGUCCGUUGUUGUUAUUGAGGAUGCUGAUGAUGGGGAUAACAAAAUCAAUUUGAAAAGCACUGAAUCAUUAAAAGUUGAAACCAGCUCAAGGCCAAAUAAAUCUUCUGACAAGUUAAAAAGGACCCCCCUAAAAAAGUCUGAUAAUCAAGAAAAUAGACUAUCUUCUGAUUUCCGUCUGUACCAGACUCAGCGCUCCGUGCAUAGUAACAGACAUUUGUCAUUGAAGUCGUAUGUUCAUUUACCUGAACGACGCAGUCCCUCUGAACUUCUCAAUGGUAGGAGUGGUAGAAUAGCAAGAAUUUCUCAUCAGGACAAGGUUCGCGCACGUUUUCGUGAUCGCCGAUCUCGGAGUUUAAGUCCCCAGAAAAAGAGACUUCGAGAAGAUGAUCAUAGAUCGAAAAUUGGUCAACGAGCUACUGGGUCAAGAGAUGGCAGCCGAAGAAUUUUAACUGAAGAUUAUGGUGCAAAAACAGACAAAAUCCAAGAUGGAAUGAAGUCAAAGUCCUUAAAGAAAAAACCUACUAUCCCAAAGGAGGAAGGGCAUAAACCCAAGGGGAAGUUUGCAGAAUUGUUUGGGGAGUCUUCUCCAGAACCAGAAGAAAAACUUUCCAAAAAAACAAAUGGAGAUCUAAAAAGUACCCUCUCAAUAUCAACUAGCACAUUGAAACCCAAUCCCCUAAAGGAAGAAGCACCCUUGCCAGCAGCCCCUCUGAAAUCAUCCACAAACAUUGGCUCCAAGAAUAACAUGCCUCCUGAGGGUGAUGUUAUUGUUAUCAAACGGCGACCGAGGUCAAGUAUCAAACUUGGUAAUAGUGAGGACGCUGCUCACAACUCACGAAUGUUUUCUGUCAAGACGUCACAGCAGGAGUCACUCAGCUGCUCGACACCACUUUCCAAAGAUGGUAAUGGUGCAUCUGAUGCAGGCAAGAAAAGUGUAAAGCCCUCAAAAGCAGAAGAACAGAGUUCGAAACAAAUUGUGAAUAUAGCUACAACACCUUUGUACUUCAGGGAACGAGGUGUCAAACGAAGUACCAGUGAUGACUGUGCCCUUGAUGAAGACUUGCUUGGUGAUUCAGAAGAAAGUGUGACAAAUGCUGAUUCAGAUGAUACCUACAACCCUAAAGUGUCUCGUGGUAAAUCCAGUAAGCGGAAACCUUCAAAAAGAAAAAGGUAAAAUGGACCUUUGUUUUUUGAACCAUUUGUUCCUUAAGCUGUGAUGUAUUUUUCUACAGAGACUUAUAGAUACUCAAUGAUACAGUAUAAGAUCUAGUCUCCAGCUAGCAGAUCUUUUUUAUAAGAAUUUCUAAGAAUUGACGACAUUUCUUUGCUGAUGUUGUUUCAUAUAAUUUUACUUCUCUUCUGUCUUUUCUGUUGGGUACAAAAGAUCCAUUUUUAUGCCUUUUUCAGUGUUUUCGAAUGCAUGUCAAUGUUGUUACAUCACAAUAAAUUUGUUGCUAGUCAGA